CAUUUAAAACGAAACUGAAUCAAUUCUGAGACGGGGAUUACGGAGAUUCAUAGAAAUAUAGUGAAACUACCUCGCGUCCAUCACAUAGGCUAGCCUACUUAGUUGUUUAGAUGCAGUGGACUACGCUAACUGCUUUCUCAACUUAAUCUCACUUUUUUACUCACUUUGCAAAGAAAGGGAUUUUAGUUUGACCUGAAACUGCGCAAAGCUAUGAUUUUUUUGGGGUGGAGUUCCCCUGAACAACAGGAAAACGACGACAGGAAAAAAUAAUAUUGAGAAAGAAAUAGGCUACUCAUACGGAGUCAGGUAAAGUGUAUCUAUCUUCAGAAGCUCAAUCGGGUGACCCCUCACCACCACGGCCUAGUGAACAUGUCGUCGACCACUCAGAAACACAGGUUCUUUGUGUCUGAGCCAAUGGGCGAGAAGAAGGUGACGGCUCUGGCCGGCAUCGGAGACGCGCUCGGCAAGAGGCUGGAGGAUAAGGGCUUUGAUAAGGCGGAGAAGGUGCUGGGUCAUUUCCUAAUGCUGGGGAAGGACGAGGGCCGCUUCAAGUGCUGGCUGAAAGACGCAUGCGGGGCGAAUUCCAGACAGCAAGAUCAUUGCUACCGCUGCCUCAGGGAUUGGUGCGACUCCUUCCUGUAGGCCGCUCUUGUGGGGAAACACCGUUUGGUAACGUAGAUGAAAUAGAAAGCAAGUAGUUUGAACUGUGAGUUGCUGACCGACGACACACUGACUUCAUGGAAACUAAGCUUGUGUGUUCUUGUGUACAUUAGCAUGUAGGAUCAGCCAGGAUAGUUGAAGGGAUUCUUAUUAGGUUCUUCUUAAGUUUUAUUCUUUCUUUCUUGCUUUCUUUCUUGCUUUCUUUCUUUCUUUCUUUCUUUCUUUCUUUCUUUCUUUCUUUCUUUCUUUCUUUCUUUCUUUCUUUCUUUCUUUCUUUCUUUCUUUCUUUCUUUCUUUCUUUCUUUCUUUCUUUCUUUCUUUCUUUCUUUCUUCUUCUUUAUUCUCUCAGAACUUUGGGACCUAUCUCCUUCCUCAAUUUUUUACCUAGAGACUCCAUUCACAUUUUAAAAUGUUAAGAUCUGCUUGGAAUUGUGGGGUUCUUUUCAGAUUUUAAAAAUAUUUUAUACUUUUGAAGAUAUAUGUAUAUAUAAGAAUAAGAAUAUUAAUAAGAAUAAGAAUAAUAAAAGAGAAAAAUGUAUAUAACAUUAUCUGAAACACAGUUUAACUCAAAAUAAGAAGACACAGCAUUUUUAAAAUUAUGAGAAGAUGUCAGUGAUCGUAUGUUUGAAGGGAGAGUGUUCCAGUCCGAUGGCGCUUUGAACAUAAAUGCUUUUUUACCAAUUGUUUUAUACACUGUAGGAAUGGAAAAGAAGUACUGAGAUGAGUGACGUAAUUGAUAUGUUGAGGAAUAUGGAAUCAACAUUAACAUAAGCAGGAUAAUUGCAGUGUAUACAUUUGAAGAUAAACUGUAGCCAGUGGAUAUGUCUUCUUAUAUUGAGUGCGGGCCAUUUGAGUGUGUUAUACAUGAUACAGUGAUGACUGUAAAAUGAACAACCAAGAACAAAUCUACAAAGACAGUUGAAUGCUGUGUUGAGAGGUAGAAGAUUGGUUUUAGAUGCAUUUAGAUAUACUACAUCAGCGUAAUCAAAAAACUGUAAAAUAAGUUGUAGGGCAAGAUUCUUUCGAACAUUAGAUGUAAAACAGUUCUUGGAUCGAAAUAAUACACCAAUACCAAAGUUGAUUUUACGAAGCAUAUAGUCAAUGUGAGGCACUUACUACUUCAGACUUCGUUACUUUGUCAAUAUUUUAUCGUUAACCUUCGUUCAAAGGUUUAACAAAUCAACACACUUGUAUCUUCAAUAAUCUGAAACUGAAUUUCGAUUAUCUUUAUACUUUUUUCAAAAUCACAGCUUAAGUUCCAUGUUAGGCUGGAAAAAUGAGCAUUAGGGGAGUACAUACAAUUUUGGCUAGUUUAAGAAAAACUAGCCGGAUUAUUAUAAUUCUUUCUACAAACAUCAAUCAAUACCAUACCUUACAUUGGGUAUGCAGUUUGUGCGGCUAGUACCACUAUUACUAACCCUAACCCUCUCUGCGUGCGCCCUGCGUCUCGCGAGCGGGGAACAGCCAGAGUUGUGAGUGUGCGAAUAAUAACCAUGUGUCCGAAAAGGGUGAAACGAUGUUCAGUGCAACAGUGAAUCUGAAAUCAAACGUGUCGAAGCUCUUCUUAAAAGAAGGAGGGGAAUAUUGACAAAAGCUUCGCUAUUUUUUAAAAUGUCUAGGACAGCGAUCAAGUCUAUAAAUAAACAAAUAAAUAUACAUGCCUACAUUUAUGAA